AAAUCUGAAUAGAACCUCAGUCUCGACCCUCAUCCUCUCUGGAAGGGGCGCCACGUCACGUCAGCCAUGGCGCCCAAGGGAUUACUCCUGCCCGUCACCCUCCUCCUCCUUCUCCUCGGAGCUGCCACCGCGAACCUCCGGCACGAGAACAUCAUCGACCGUUGCUGGCGCGGCGAGGGCAACUGGGCCACCGACCGGCAGCGGCUCGCCAUGUGCUCCGUCGGCUUCGCGGGGAAGAUGCGGCAGAACCGCGGCCACGGGGUGACCGCGUACACGGUGACCGACCCGAGCGACGACCCCGUGCGGCCGAGGCCCGGCACGCUGCGGUACGGCGCGACGGUGCUGCCGGGGAAGGUCUGGAUCACCUUCCAGCCGGGCAGCAUGCACAUCCGGCUGGCGCAGCCGCUCUUCGUCAAGAGCUUCACGGCGAUCGACGGCCGGGGCGCCGACGUGCACGUCGCCGGAGGCGCCGGCAUCGUGCUCUACCAGGUGAGCAACGUGGUCAUCCACGGCCUCCACGUGCACGACGUGCGCGCGCAGCCCCCGGGGCGGGUCGUCCGGCCGGGCGGCGCCGUGAAGAACCUGGACGCCGGCGACGGCGACGCCAUCCGGCUGCUGUCGAGCUCCAAGGUGUGGAUCGACCACAACACGCUGUCGCGGUGCGAGGACGGCCUCCUGGACGUGACGCUCGGGUCCACCGACGUGACCGUCUCCAACAACUGGUUCCACAACCACGACAAGGUGAUGCUGCUGGGCCACGACGACCAGCACGUCGCCGACCGCCGGAUGCGGGUCACCGUGGCGUUCAACCGCUUCGGCCCCAACGUGAACCAGCGCAUGCCCAGGAUCAGGCACGGCUACGCCCACGUCGUCAACAACUUCUACGACGGGUGGAAGGACUACGCCAUUGGUGGCAGCAUGGGACCCAGUGUCAAGAGCCAGGGUAACCUGUUCGUCGCCUCCACGCCGGACAGCGCCAAGCAGGUGACGAGAAGGAUGCCGGUGGGAGAUGCCGCGGGGAAGGACUGGCACUGGCACUCCACUGGGGACUCGUUUGAGAACGGCGCCGUCUUCGCGCAGACGGGCAGCAGGGUGCCGCCGAAUUACAACAGGCAUCAGGAGUUCCAGGCGGCGAGCUCCGGCGAGGUGAGAUCGCUGACCAAGGACGCCGGUGCUCUGAGAUGCUCCGCCGGGGCCGCGUGCUGAACGGGGAGAAUAGAGACGUCCAAUGCAGUGUGUUACACUUUGAAUAUAUAAGGGCGUGUUUGGUAGCCUGCAUGGAGGAUGCAUGAGGUCAAAAGUUCCCAAUCGAUGCAGCUUCUAGCUAUAAAAAAUGGUUCUGAUCAAAAGUGCGGGGCAUCCACCGCCUCCUUCGCUCGACCGUGUGGCUUAUUGAACCGCGCACGUUUUUCAUCUUAUCUUGCAAUAACUGAGUGUUGCAAAACGAUGACGACGAACGACAAGUGUGCAAGCGAUCGGAAAUGUUGUUCC